CCUGUGACUCCCCUCUCCUGUGGUGGGGGGGGGCGGCUCUGCCCCGGGCUAGGUGCGUGUGUGGCUGCGGCUCUGUCCCUCUCCUGCUCUCUCUGCUGCUGCUCGUCCCCUCUCCAGCCCCCCUCCCCCCCCGUGCGCUUGUUGCUAUGGUGGCGCGGCUCUGCGUGCUGUGGGCAGUGGCGGCGCUGGCGCUGCUGAGCCGGCGGGCGGUGGCGGUGGGGCCGGUGGUGCGGUGCGAGCCCUGCGACGCGCGGGCGCUGGAGCAGUGCAAGCCGCUGGCGCCCGAGUGCUCCGAGCUGGUGCGGGAGCCGGGCUGCGGCUGCUGCUUGACCUGCGCCCUGCAGGAGGGGCGCCCGUGCGGGGUCUACAGCGAGCGCUGCGGGGCCGGCCUCACCUGCCAGCCGCGCCGAGGGGAGCUCAGACCCCUGCAGGCGCUGCUGGAGGGCAGGGGGCUUUGCACCAACGUGACCGCGGGCAGCAAGCUGCGGACCUUCCUGCUGCAAGGACCACAUGUUCCAGGAAAUUCCAGUGAUUCAGAAGAAGACCAGAAUGCCAGUAGCAUAGAGAAUCAGGCCAUCCCUAACUCUCACAGGGUGUCAGAUUCCAAAUCACAUCCACAUCACACCAAAAUAGAUAUCAUCAGGAAAGAACAAGCCAAAAAUACACAGCGGUACAAAGUGGAAUAUGAUUCACAAAGUACAGAUACACUGAAUUUCUCUUCUGAAUCCAAACAAGAGACUGAAUAUGGUCCCUGCCGUAGAGAAAUGGAAGACACGUUAAAUCACCUAAAGAUCCAGAAUGUCUUGAGUCCAAGAGGAUUCCAUAUUCCAAAUUGUGACAAGAAAGGAUUUUACAAGAAAAAGCAAUGCCGCCCAUCCAAAGGCCGAAAGAGAGGCUAUUGCUGGUGUGUGGAUAAAUAUGGACAGCCACUUCCUGGAUACGAUGGGAAAGGAAAAGGAGAUGUCCACUGCUACAACUUGGAAAGCAAAUGAGGGGCAGGUGCCAUCUCCUGUGGAAUCUGUUUGUGGCAGUUCAACCCAUCAGAGAUCUUGGAGGGACUGGGGAAAAAGCAUGGACUGCAUUGGACUUGGAGUUACGAGUUCUGCCUCCUACUGAUACUGGGGGAUUCAUUGACUCUAUGGACUCUGCAGCUGCACCCUGUCACUGACACACUUCCUGCUUUCUAUAGAACAUAGGGAGCUCUGAAUUCCCAAUUAAAUCUGCACUAUUUAUCCCCAGAAAGAAAAAAAGGCACUUCAGAAUGGAUUCAGGGAGUCUCCACUGACUUUUUAAAAUAACGGCCUGUGACCAAUUUGAUCCCGAAAGAUACUGUGUUUUAUUUUAAAGAAUUUAUAGAUUGUAAGCUUGUAAAAAUAUUAAGAAAAACCCAAGGAUUUAAAGUUUAAGCUUUUUCUAUACAGGUCUGACGGGAAACUUAUCUUCACGGGUAAAAUGUUUUAUAAAAAUCUCAAAGAACUUUUUAAAGAAACGUGUUUCUAAAAUAAAGACAUGGCUAUUUUUUUCUGUAAAGUAUAUUAUGAAUAUUCUGUUAGUCUGUAUUUAAUAUAAUUGUUUUUUAAUAAACUUUAUUUAAAUGUAACAUGUGAAUACCAAAUGUUACACAUUCAUUUUGGUGUAUGCUAAUGAAUACAUGCAAGUCAAAAAACAAAGGGGAUUGUAAAUAGAACGGCGUAUAUAUCUUUACUUAAUGGGGAUGAGCCAAAAUAGAUUUACUGCCUGAAGAAAAAGUUUCCUAAAAAGGCUGUUUCCCUAUUUAAAGUAGCUAAAACCAUCAAAAUAACUUUUUAAUCAAUCUUUCUAUUGGUUUUUCUAGUGCAUACCUCACUGUAAUACUUAGAUGUUAGAUAAGCAAUUAAUAGUGGCAUUGAAAUUGACGAUAAACAACUCUUCUCUCCUACUCGUUUCAGCUACUCUAACACAAUUUUUUCCCUACUUCUCCUCUUUUAAAACUUAACACUAGAUUAAUUUUCUGUCUGUGGAUAUUCUGUCUUCCUCUUAUGACAUUUUUUUUAAAACACAAGCUUGUAUCCAUUUUUAAUUGUCUUACUACAAAAACCUAACUAACGGCCAUAUUCUACCUUCAUUCUACAUGAGGCACUCAUAUUAAAGUCAGUGCCAAACAUAUACAGAAAAGUGGUAUAGACCUAAAUUUUAGGACUCUCCGAGCUCAACUCUUCUAUUGCAUGGUCGUAACUUCCACUGACUUCAUUGGGAGUUGUCUGCUUGCCUUUAAGAGCAGAAGAGUAACCAUCCAGUUCUGAAAAAUAUGUCUCCCUGUCAUGAAUUCACUUAGAUUUUCAAUCUGGAGAGAGGUUUUAUGUUUUGAGUUUGUGGUUCUUUCAAAUAUCUGGCAUAUGGUAUCAAUUGGAGUAAGAUUCCCAUUAAAAGUAAUGGGAAAGUCUACAUGAAAAUCAGUUGUGGGAUGUGGCCUAUGGAACUGAGCAUCUUUUCCGUUUUGGAUAAGAUUUGAAAAGUAAUAAUAUUUUAUUACAAACUGCAUAUAAGUAAGUGGUGUAACUCAAAAAAAAUCACUGUUAAUUGAAUGUCCUAUUGAAUAUUUAGCGAGUCAGGAAUUAGGUGAUUUGUGUGACUGCAGCCACCAGCCUUGUAUUUGGCUUGGGUUAUCUGAACAGCUUUACUUGCAUCCCAUGCAGUUUCUCAGUUUAUAAUCUAACAAAAUGAUCUUGCAUCAUCAUUAAAACUGAAAUCCUAACCCAAAUCCUAAUCCAAACUCAGGUUAGUGAAGUAGUUGUUACUCCAAAAUGUGUACAGUCUUGAAUAUUUGAGUUUCAGACAGAUUUGUGAACUGAUGAAAAUACUGCAAUUGUAAAAGUUUUACCAAGAAAUCAUUGCAAUUACACUUUUUUAAAGCUGUAAACAAUCUACCCUCGUACUAUCACACGAGCAAGAAAUUGUAUACAGCAGCUUUAUGUCAUGUAACUGUAGACAUGAAACUAAGGGCUAGAUUCAUGAAAUGGAGUCAAUAUUUAACAAUAUUCAAUAAUAAUAACUAAUAAUAACAAUU